AUCUUUCUAACAAUAAUAGCCAAAUAUACACUCUUUCUUAGCAACAGCCAUAUUUGAUGAGAAAGCGCGCUUCUCAUACUUUUGUAUAUAAAACAAAAACAUUGGCGUAGAUUUUACAAACAGCCAACUUACCUUUAGAAACAGCAGAGUUCUUUCCGCCGAAUUGUAAUUUCAAAAAUCGUUUACCAACCUUCAAAAUGGCUGGAAAAGCACCUGCGCGCGUUAAAGAAUACACUGUGCCAGGCGGGAGAGUCAAAGUUGAAGAGUAUGAUGACGGAUCAACGAGAAAAACUUCUACAUACACUUCUGGGGAUGUGAACAACGUGCAUCAUGUUCAAGAGCACACUGUAACUCGACGAUUUGACCUCGGAGACGCUUCGUAUGUCCCUUCUUUGAGGGCUGCAGGACCUAGUUCCGUCCCACCUGAUUUCGACCUUUCGGAGUUCACUCAACUACCUGUGGUAAUUAAGAUGCGCAAUGCUUCACCGGCAGAAAAGGAUGACAAAAAAUAUAUUACUGGAAAGGAAGCCAGGCCUGCUAUCAAGCCUGUUCCUGCGAAACCUGCUGCCGUUCAAAAGUUGAAACACUCGGAGAACAGCAAUAUUAUGAUCAGCUACUGCCAUAAGCAGAAACAUGUGUCGCAGAAACUUCUGAAAGAACUGAGAAACAGUGGGGUCGAAAAUAUCUGGAUAGAUCAGGAACACAUGCAUAAGGGCGGUGGAAUUCUGGAUGAGAUGGUAAAAGCUGUGGAUUCUUCCCAGUAUGUUAUUUGUUGCAUUUCGCGCGAUUACUCCAAGAGUGAUAAUUGCAUGGGUGAAAUGAAAUAUGCGAGAGAUAAGAAGAAAACCAUCAUUCCAGUCGUGGCUGAGAAAGGAUACGUACCGGACCAAAUCCUACUCAUGUGCAUCGGAGACAAAUACCGAUUCGAUUUAUCAACUGAUGAACAGUUUCGCGUCAACUUUCCACUACUGCUGGAAAAAUUGACUGACUAAUGACUUUGCAGCAGAGCAAACGGAUAUAUCAGCCUGCACCCCUUCUGAACAGAGAAAACUUAAAUCAAAUACAUAAUCAAUUUCCAUGCUAACUAGAUUUCGCAUGCUAAUAUUUGGUGAUUACCUUUUUUGUACAACAUCAAAAACUAACCUUAAAUGACAAAAUGUUUUUUUUUAA